AUGGCACCACCACACUCUUCAGUCUCACACAAACCCAAAAACCCAAAGCUUAGCCAAGCUACUAGCUAGCUCCUCACUUCUUCCAGCUUCUUACACUAAUACAGCUCGAGCCACUUCGUCUUCUCCUCUCUUGCAGCAUAGUUUAAGUUUGAGAUAGGAUUGGCGAUAGAUAUGAGGCCGACUGGUCGUCGUUCUUCUCCGCCGGUGGCUGCUGCUCUUGCCCUGCUUCUCCUCCUCGUCCUCUUCUUCUUCUCCCACUGCGCCUCAGCUGCUCGCCCACUGCCAGCAUCAGCAGCAGCAGAGCUAGUGCUUCAGGAUGGCGCCACCGGCAAUGGCGACGAGGUUUCCGAGUUGAUGGGAGCAGCUGAGGAGGAAGCAGCAGGAUUAUGCGAGGAGGGGAACGAGGAGUGCGUGGAGAGGAGGAUGCUUCGCGACGCCCACCUCGACUACAUCUACACGCAGAAGAGGAACAGGCCUUGAAAUCUUGAAUCAUAAUCUCCAAGUCGAUACAAGGAGGAAUUAAUCAGUAGUAAACCUACAUAAAUUAAUCUACUAUCUGCAGCCUGUUUUCAACUGCAUGUAUCAGUGUAUUAGUCGAUCUAGGAUAAUAUUUUGCAUGUGUACUCAAGUAAACUGUCGUCUGUAUAACCCCGUUAUGUACAUGGUUGUAUUUCUUUCUCCAAAGUGUUAUCGAACUCUCUGUUGAUCUCUGAUACAUCUGUAUGUGUAGCAUCAGAGAAAAGAUCGAGCACUUGUGGGUUAUGAUCUGACGAUCGAGUGUAUGAACAGUGCUAAUGGUGUAGUAAGUUUUUGCUUAAUUGUCUUGGA